AUGAAUCCUAACGUUAUCCUUCCUGGAGUAUUUUUAGCAGCACUUUUCCUAAUAAGCAGUGAGGCGCCGUAUAUUAAAGCGACAAAUGUUGUUUGUGAAUCAAAGAACAAAUCCUGGGCCGUUUUCCAUUAUUGCCGACUAAAGGCCUACUCGCGAAACAAGACCAGCGUCAAUAUAAAUGCAACACUUCUGCAUCCAGCUAACAAUAUAAUGGUCAAAAUGGUCAGAAUGGUAAAAAAAUUGAGUGGCUAUAAGCCAUUUCUGUUUGACGUCACCGUCGACGCCUGCCUAUUUAUGCGAAAAAAACAUAAUCCCGUCAUCAAAAUGUUUUAUAACUUCAUAAAGGAUUUAUCUACACUGAAUCACACAUGUCCUUAUGAGGGCUUGCAGGUGCUUAGCGAUUAUCACACCGCUAAAUUUCCAGUACCUUUGCCCCCAGGAGACUAUGGAGUGCUAAUGGAUUUCAUAUUCGAUGGUAAAAAGCAACUCUACGUAAAUACAUAUGUACUUCACCUUUAG